AUGGCGGCUGCGACUGGAUGCCUCGGAGGGUCCACGCCCGUGCUGCACCACGCUCACAGGGUCGCCCUCCUGGAACCAGGAGGAAAGGGCGUGCCGUCUGGGGCCAGAGAGCAGCGCCGAGAGAGUGGAAGCACGGAGCCGUCGUAUGGAAUCGGCGAGCACAAGACAGAGUUACCGAUUUCAAUCGGAACCCACCAAAAUUUCUUCUCCGAAUUUUACCCUAAAUUUGGCGGUGGGCCCGCCGUCCUCCUCCCCUGCAGCACGGUUCCAUACACUUCCUUCACUCGGGGAAGGGGAAGGAGCGCGAGCGGGACGAGGAGCAGGAACCUGGCGUACCUGCACUUUGGUGAUGUAGGUGCAGUCGUGCAGUCAUUCACAACAGACUAAACGAAGGGCCCAGUGAUAAUGAAAAUUCCACUGGACCAAAUCCGGAGGCCACUGAUGCGAACGCGGGCCAAUGAUCUGAUCAAGGUGCAAGAACUCAUGGACAGUAUCCGUGUCAUCAGCCUCCAAGUACCUAUUGAUGUCCUGGAGGUCGACGGGGUCUAUUAUGGCUUCUCUGGAUGCCACCGCUACGAGGCUCACCAGCGCCUUGGUCUCCCAACCAUCCACUACAAAGUUCGUCGCGGUACAAAGGAAACACUGAGGCGAGUGCAUCUUACCUUCAGCUUGGAUUCCAUUUUGAAUUACUUGAUGCACUGA